AUGCAGCAAUCAACUAUUCAAAAGCUGAACGUCAUCUGCACGGCUUUCGUGAGUCGCAUAGUGGAGCGGAAGAGGAGCCCACUGAUUCCUAUAAACUGCUACUCACCUAUCAAUGAACAUGUGGGAAGUCCUGCUGGGUUACUGAUAUGUGGUGCAACAGGCCACAAUGACACUGCUCCAUGUCUAUUCUCACUUGACGAUAAUGUUCAUGCUGUCCUGCACAGUACUGUUGCUUCCAAGUCAAAGCAUGUAGAGGUACGGGCACAAGCAAGGAAAUGUACUCUAGCAGUAUACCCACAUCUCUGCCCUCAAGAUGGCGACGACAUAUUGCGGAAGCUAGGAGGGUACUAUGGCGAGACACCAGUGCACUUUUCCCUGAAUACUGGUCUGACUCAAGCCUUGGUCGACAUGCGC